AUGGAAGCUGCUAUUGGAGCCACCUUUGACGCUGCGAAGAAAGUUUUGGCAUGGUAUAAGUAUUCCAAAAAUGUGGAGAUUCUGAAAAGCAAAAUGGAGGAACUGAGCAGCCGAGAGAACGAUGUGCGGAUGGCAGUGAAUCGAGCUGAAGUGCAACUAGGGAAGACGAGGAAGCGCGAGGUAGAAGUAUGGCUGAGAAAUGUAAGAAAGAUCACAAACGAUGUACGCGGUGUGGAGCGGAGACUCCGAGAAGGAAGGGGAUGGCUCUCACCUUUCAGGCUGGGGAUGCUCGUCUCAAACAUGAUCGAACAGGUUGCCGAGCUUCAAGAGAAAGGCUGCUUCUCAGAUGGGUUAGUGGCCGAGCCAUUACUCAACAGCGGUAAGACUUUACACACAACACCAUUAGUGGGUAAAAUAACCGCCCAAAAGACUCUUUCCAUGAUUUGGAAUUACUUAAUAAAUGAAGACAUUGGGAAAAUCGGUGUCCAUGGUAUGGGCGGGGUAGGGAAGACAACGAUAGUGAAGCACAUCAACAACCGCCUGAUUGAAGCUCAGCUCUUCGAUAAUGUUAUUUGGGUGAAUGUGUCGAAAGCUCUUACAUUGGAGAGACUACAAAGCAAUAUUGCAAAGGCAAUUGAGUUAGACCUAGGGGAUGACGACGACGAAGACAGCAGAUCAAUGAAGCUAUAUGCUGCUUUGAAGAGGAGGGAGAAGUUUGCUCUCAUCUUGGAUGACAUGUGGGAAGCAUUUCCACUCGAAACAGUAGGAAUUCCUGAACCCAACAAAGAAAAUGGAUGCAAGCUCAUAGUGAUUACUCGGUCGCUGGGUGUCUGCAGAAGUAUGGAGACAGAGAGAGAUGUUGAAGUCGAGUCGCUCACCGAGGAGGAGGCAUGGGACUUGUUCAGUGAUAAAGUUGGCUGCGAGGCGUUGCUUUCUGGUGACAUUCAAGACGUUGCAAAGCUCGUGUGCCAAAAAUGCGGUCGCUUGCCGCUUGCGAUCACAACGGUCGGACGGGCGCUGAGGAGAGUUUCUGAUGCUAGGGUGUGGAGGAGUGCCUUGAAUGAACUGAGAGGGUCGACUGCUGAGAUCCGUGGCUUUGAAUACGACGUUCUUGCACGACUAAAGUUCAGUUACCAUCGCUUACGGAAUGACAACAUCCGAGCUUGUUUCUUGUAUUGCACAUUGUUUCCCAAGGAUCAUGCCAUCUCCACCAAAGAGCUUAUAGAUUAUUGGAUUUGCGAGGGAUUAAUAGAUGGAGCGGGAAAUCGACAGUACCUGAUCGACAAGGGACAGGCUAUAUUGAAUGAACUCCAAGACGCUUGCAUGUUAGACAGUAUUGUGGACAAGCACAAUGCUGAAUGUGUGAAGCUGAAUGACAUUGUUAGGGAUAUGGCCAUUAGCAUCACCAAAGAGAAUCCACGGUUCUUGGUUAGAGCCGGCGUCGGAUUGAUGGAGUUGCCGAGGGUGGAGGAUUGGAUGGAAGAAGCUGAACGGAUAUCUCUUAUGAAGAACAACAUAAAAGUACUCUGGGAUCAACCUCGGUGCAGCAAACUCUCCACCUUGUUGCUGCGAGAAAACCCGCUUUCGCCGAACAUCCCAUCUUCCUUCUUUGAAUCCAUGAAGAAUCUUAAAGUUCUAGACAUAUCGCAUACAAACAUCGACUCGCUGCCGUUGUCACUCUCUCAUCUAAAGAACCUCCGUGCACUGCUACUAAGUGAUUGUACCAAGUUAGAGAAGCUGCCUUCGCUAGCAAAGCUGAAGGAUUUGAUUGUGUUGGAUCUCUCUAACACGCGCAUCAAAGAGUUGCCGGAAGGAGUGGAAGCUUUGGUGAAUCUCAGACGCCUCAACCUCUCCAACACGAGGAGUCUGCAAAUGUUCCGGCCGGGGACUAUAUCACAUCUAUCCCUUCUGGAAGACCUGUCGACUUACCAGAGCUUGUGGCGGUGGGGAGGAGGAGAUAGGAUCGAUGAGAUCACGCAGCUGAGCCAGUUGGCAAAUCUCGGUCUCUCAUUUGAGAAUCUUGCGACCUUCUUCGACUACCUUCGAUCCGGGCAAUGGAGGAAACUCAAAAGCUUCCAUUUCUGGGUAGGCCAAGGUCCAUUCGCUCUCACUUCCUCUAUACUGAAUUACUCCAUAGAGAUUGCCAGCCACUCUCAUGGCGCAGAAGACAUGCUCCCUAACAACAAUCUUCAGCUGAAUCUGCAAGGAAUUCUCCCUGACAACACUCUCCAGCUGAAUCUCCAAGACUGUAAUGGUAUCUCAUCCUUAUCGUGCCUGUCGAACUUGAAGCAGUUGAAGUCAAGCACCAUCAUCACCUGCGAUAAGGUCGAGUGCAUCGUAGCGGCAGCUGGUAACAACACAUUGCCCACCUUGGAAGAACUAACCCUUUGGGACCUACGCAAUCUACAGGCGAUCUGCGAAGUCCCUGUGCCGCGUGGGACCCUCACCAACUUGAAGUCCUUGCAUGUACAAUGGUGCCAUGGUUUGAAGAACCUCUUCUCACUAGAGCUGUUCCAGCACCUGCAAAAUCUUGAGGAGAUCAAGGUCGAGUAUUGCCGUCUCAUGGAGGAGAUGGUAGCAGGAGAAGAUGACAGUAGCUCUUCACCAAAUGACGUAACGCUCCCAAAUCUAAAGAGUUUGCAUUUGGAUCGUUUAUGCGAGUUGAAGAGCAUUUGUAGUGGGACAUUGGUUUGUAAUUCACUAACUACGAUCGUGAUAGAGAACUGUCCGAUGUUAAAGAAGCUCCCUUUCACUUCCGUUGGCUUACCGCCCAUCCUCAGUGGAAAUAUCCUAGGGAGUAGGAUGUGGUGGGACGCGUUGGAGUGGGAUAACCCGGACACAGAGACUCGGCUCCAACCCCUUCUCCAUGAAAAUCCGUAA